AUGUCGAAACCAUCAACAUCGAAUGCCCAACCAGAAGAAAGCGAAGAACCGAGUCCAAUUGAUCGGGUUUGUAUAGAUUUUUUGUUUUUUUCUAUUUUUUUCUGAAUUUUUAGCGUCUUACUGAAGGAAGAAGUUAUAAUGAUGGAAACUGGAGCAGCCAAGAAUUGAAACUUUUAUUUGAUGCGAUUGCCAAAUAUGGAACAGAGCCAAAAUCGUUGGCAUAUAUUGCACAAAGUUGUAUUAAAGCAAGAAGUUUCGAUGAAAUCACUGUGAAAGUAAUUGAAAUUCGCGAACUUAUUGCUGAAAAUCGCGAUGAUUGUCGAGAUUAUCACAAGAAAAUAUGGGAGGAAAAAGGAUAUCGCAAAAUUCUUGAAAAUUUGAAGAUUGAUGAGAAGGUAUUUAGUUUUUUAGGCCAAUCUUCCAAAAUUCAUCAUAUUGUUUUUCAGGCAUGGAUUAAUGCAAUCGAUGAAAUUGAUAGAAAUACACACAUUUCUUUAAACAAAUAUAAAAAUCCAGUUCGUAAUCAAAUUCAACAAAUUUUCAAAGAUGCUGAAAAAUCAGCCGAUAUAGAAAAGGAUGUGAAAGUGACUGACUUGAAAUUGGCAAGAAUUUCAGAAGAAAGUAGAGAAGAUAUUCGAUGGGAUAUAAUAUACCGUUUUAUAAAUUCGUGUGUUAUGAUGGACCAAAAUCUUCCCGCUUUGAAUGAAUUAGGUUUGAUGUUUUUAAUAUUUAAAACAAUUUUAAAUAUUAAAAAAACAGUUUUAGUUUCAAUAAAUAAAUUCUAAAUAUUUUCAGAAUCAUCCAUCGUUUUAUCUGUUCUUCAAGGAAUUGAAGAUGAAGCAUCAAGUGUGAGUUUCUAAUUUUUCUUGAUGAAUAAAUAAUUUGUUCAACAUUUUUUCAGAUUUCGGACGAAGAAAAAGCUAUAAUCUGUGGAAUGUUAUCUGAUGUUCAAACAAAUGAUUUCCGUGGUUUCGAACCAGAUUGUCCUUGUAAUCAAACAUCUUCAGUUCAAGCACUCGUUGAUCCUUUGCGUGUUCGUUUAUUUGGAAUACCUGAAAUUGGAGCCGAACCGAUGAUUCCAGAAGAGAAAAAGUAA